AGUAUUUUCCUUUCCUCGGAGCAGCAUGUCCGACCGCCGCGUCCUGCCGCCGGCGCUGUGUCUGAGCAACCUGCGGAAGGCCGUGAAGAUCCGGGAGCGGACCCCCGGCGACCUCGCCAAGCCGGCCGGCGGGAUAAUCCGGCACUUCCAGACCAUGCACCGCUACAGCCUGGAGAUGUUCAGGACCUGCCAGUUCGGCCUCCCCUUUCGGGACCUCGUCCACCGGGCCCUCGUCGACCGGGGCCUCCAGGCCUCCCUGGAGGACAAGAAGAAAUUGAACUGGUGCCGGGAGGUCCGGAGGCUCGUGGCCCUGAAAACCAACGGUGAUGGAAACUGCCUCAUGCAUGCUGCAUCUCAGUACAUGUGGGGUGUUCAAGACACAGACCUGGUCCUGAGAAAAACACUGUUUGGCACGCUCAAGGAAACGGAUACUCGCAACUUUAAAUUCCGCUGGCAGAACGAGUCCAUUAAAUCCCAGGAGUUUGUGGAGACAGGACUUCGAUAUGACACAAGGAAUUGGGAUGAAGAAUGGGAAAACCUUGUCCAAAUGGCAUCUGCAGACACAUCAGUAUCCCGAAGUGCUCUUCAGUAUAAUUCACUUGAAGAGAUACACAUUUUUGUUCUGGCUAAUAUCCUCAGGAGGCCAAUAAUAAUUAUUUCAGAUAAAAUGCUGAGAAGCUUAGAAUCUGGUUCAAACUUUUCUCCUUUGAAAGUUGGUGGAAUCUACUUACCACUCCACUGGCCUGCCCAUGAAUGCUACAGAUACCCCAUCGUUCUUGGUUACGAUAGCCAGCACUUUGUACCCUUGGUCACUAUGAAAGACAGCGGACCAGAAAUCCGGGCUGUUCCACUGGUUAAUAGAGAACGAGGAAGAUUUGAGGACUUGAAGGUUCAUUUUUUGACUGAGCCUGAAACCGAGGUGAAGGAGAAACUUCUGAAAGAAUACUUGAUGGUGAUAGAAAUACCAGUACAAGGCUGGGACCAUGGCACCACUCAUCUGAUUAAUGCUGCAAAAUUGGACGAAGCCAACCUGCCCAAAGAAAUCAACCUUGUGGAUGAUUACUUUGAGCUCGUCCAGCACGAGUACAAAAAGUGGCAGGAAAACUCUGAGCAGGCCAGUAGAGAAGCCCGUGACAGAAACAGACUGAAACUGUCCUUGUCCCAGAUCUCCCUCAUGGAAGUAAAAUGUAAAACACCGAACUGUCCCUUCUUCAUGUCCGUGAACACCCAGCCCUUGUGUCACGAGUGUUUUGAGAGGCAGCAGCAGCAGGCGGAACGCAAGUCAAGGAAGCCGAACUCUAAAGCUGGGUCCGAAAAGCUCCGGGGGACAGUAUUAGCCGCCUCCCGGGCCGAGGCCUUUGAGCCCAUGGGAUGGGCCCCUGAAGAGUCAGUCACAGGCCCUCAUUCUGCACCCCCAACUGCACCCAGCCUCUUUCUCUACAGCGAAACGACUGCUAUGAAGUGCAAAAGUCCAGGCUGCCCAUUUACACUAAAUGUGCAGCACAACGGACUCUGUGAACGCUGCCACAACGCCCGUCAAUAUCACCCUGGCAGCAACUUCGGCAACACGAGGCAUUUGGAUACUGGAAAAUGUCAACUCUGUCACCAGGAUGCCUCCCGGACUUUUAAUGGAAUUUGCAGCACUUGCUUCAAAAGGACUAAAGAGCAUUCCUCAAUGAAUAGCUCAAGUUUCCCGCCUUCCGGUCAUCAGAGAUCCAGAUCGGAUCCUUCGCAGCUAAUGCAGAGUUUCCUUCAACAUUCCUGCCACAGAGCUAGCAACGAAGCACCUUCUGGGAGCCCCUCUCAGGCGGCGUGGAAUCCGGAGGAUCGGAAAGGGACAAGCCAGUGCAGAAAAGCAGGCUGUCUGUAUUAUGGGACCCCGGAGAACAAAGGCUUUUGCACUCUUUGUUUUAUUGAAUUUAGAGAAAACAGUGGCAAUCCCCCUGCCUGUGGUCAGUCUGAGGCAUCAGCUGCCCAGUUUCAGAAUGCCGUUCCUUGCCUGGGGAGAGAAUGUGGCACCCUUGGGAGCACUGUGUUUGAAGGCUACUGUCAGAAAUGUUUCAUUGAAGCACAGAGUCAGAGAUUGCAUGAAGCAAGAAGGACGGAAGAACAACUGGUGAGACAGUCUAAGAGAUCAAGCCAGCACAGAGAUUUGCAACAAUCAAACCAGGGCUCCCAGAGACAGAAAUGCACCCGGGCUUCCUGUAAGAACAAUCUGGCAAGCAGAGGCGAUGAGCUCUGUCCAGAGUGUCAGCGCCUCAGCCAACGAGUUGGGACUGGAAGCCACAGUAGAGGUGAGCCUUCUUCAGAAGAAGCCCCCAAACAACGCUGCCGAGCCACCGCCUGCGAUCACUAUGGCAACGCCAAGUGCAAUGGCUAUUGCAACGAGUGCUAUCAGUUCAAGCAGAUGUAUGGCUAAAGGAAGACGUCUGGACCGGCUGCACGGGAAGAGCCUACCAUUAUUCAGCCAAGAUGGUGCUAUACUAGAAAUAUUUGCUCUUUCUCUAGAGGGUGAAUUGGGACAGAGGUGCCAUAACCCGGCCUUUCUUCAGCCAGUCACAGUUAAACCUGAGGACUCCUGUGUCCGGUGGACUCCUCUGAAAGCGUUGGUACCCAGCCUCAGAGUACUUGUGUCUGGAGUGGUUGAUAUCCUACGUGACCUCAAGACUCCUCUUCUUCUGGGAUUUCACCGUGUUCCACGGUUGGAAACCGAGGGUAUUUUGACUGCUAAGGCUCUCUGAGCCACGUGCCUUCCCCUUGGGAGGAAUGCUUAGGGUCCAGCUUAGGAGAGGUGUGGAGCCCUCAUUUGAAGUAUCCCAGACCCACAUUUCUCAGCGAUGUGAAGCUAGAUUCUCUUGGAGAGAAGGCACUCCAGGGGAUUGCUCAGACAAGCUCAGGGAAAAUGGGAUCAUGGAGAGGAUGUGUGAGGUGACCUUUCUUCUUACCUGUUUAGUAGUUGUCUUCAAAUAGGACAAGGCCAAAACCGGACUAUUCAUGGGACAAUGGAUUCUAGAAUGAACCAAAGCCAGAAUUGAGACUAUGUCAAGCUGCUCUUUCCAAUGUGCACCUUCUAAAAUCUAGUAAUGUUGUGGGGGACUCACUGUUUUCGCUAUCCUCUGUUCAAAGUGGUAAGCAAGAUGUGAGGUUUGAAUGACAGUUCUAACCAUAUAUAAUAUGUUAUAUAUGAGGUGGGCUUUUUUGUUUAAUGGGAGAAAAUACUGCCCUUGAUGUGUAAGUAGGGAGACUACAUAAGAAAUAUAUA